AUGACUUGCAACAUCGCAGCCACCCCGUUCGACAUCGAGCCCCUCCCCCUGUAUCGAAGGGAUCCCGAGACCAGCUCUCUGCUCUCGUCCGCGCCGUCCUACACCUCCGAGGCACCCACCUACCACAGCUCCGCGCGCGACAGCCAGAUCGUCGGCCCAGACCAGCAAGCACAGCAGCGCCAGCGCCGACAGCCGCAGCCCUACUACGUCAGCACCUCCCUCCUCGACAUCUCCACCCCGCCACCGACGCGGUCCCGCAAUACCGCCGCCGCCGCCGUCGCCGCCACCACCAUCACCAGCGAGCCACCAGCACCGACCAACCGCCAACAAGACAGCAGCGACGCCCAGCGCCUCCCUCCCGUCCCCCGCCCCGCCGGCGGUCUGCCCUCCCCGACGUUCGCCCCGGGCUUCACCUCGCGCGCGCCCAUGAAUGUCGCGAUGGUGGCAUCCGACGCCGACGCCUGCGCCUCGUCGCUGCAGAGCGGCUACAACAUGGGCGCGUGGAGCAGCGUGCGGGCGGGCAGCCACCUGCAGCAGCGGCAGUACGAGCGUGUCGCCAUGCGCCGCGCCAGCCGCGCCGCGGGCAUCGACCGCACCAAGGCGGUGCUCGAGAGCAUGAAGCUGGGCAGUGGCGGCGGCGGCGGCGGCGAUAAUCCCCCCAGUCCUAUGGAUAGCGCGAAUAGCGGCGGCAGGGCGGAGACGAUACCGCCGUCGCCUUCGACGAGUGCGGAGGCUCAGGUCGGUGAUGGUAGUGGUAGUAAUGGUGGUGGUGGUGUUGAUGAAGGAAGCGCUUGGGAGGCGGGUACGGAGAUGUUGGCGGUAUCGGCGCCGGACGGGGGGGCCGGUGCUGCUGAUGCUACGGCGGCGGAAGUCUCGGCGGCGUCGCUUUCUGCUUCGGAGCCGACGCUGCCGCUUGAGGAUCCGGCGCUGGUGGGAGAGCAUGCGGCGAAGAAGGCCAGGCAGCAACGGUUGUAUAGGGAGGCGUGUCUGAGGCAAGAUGGCGACAUGCGGUUGGUGCAGGAGAAUAAGAGCUGGGAUUUCAUGCUUUCCCAGAUGGCUGAUUGGGAGGAGCGAGAGCGUAGCUGGGGGAGGUUCAGGUCAGAAGUAGAAAGGAGACAGGGUCGGAUUCACGCAAUGGGCGUCGGUAUCGGUAGGUUGAGCGGCUUCGCAAUCGGUGAUGGUGCCCGUAGCGGAGGCAAGAAGUGGCCUUUCGGGAAAGGUAAGAGUAGCAGCCGCUGA